CACCGAGAAGUGUUAUUCUCGUCUUUUCAGAAAAGCUCCAUUUGUAGCUAUUGCAGCUGCUGGUCCGCUGCACAAGCUUCCUUUCCGGCUUGGAUACAUCACCUCGUGGACCUCAUUCCAGUGAAGGUGACAUCCUCCUUCUGAAGCGUAGGCUUCAUCGAACGGGCACGCGGGAUCUCUACGCCAGCCCCUCACUUUCCACAACCACGAAAUGGAGAUUCCUACACAACAACCGUCAACGGGCGGCAAUGACGUCGCCGCCUUCAAGAAGUUUGAUGCCUACCCUUGGAUCAAGGACCGUUCCUUUCUUCAAGGGCUGGUAGCCAUGUUGGGCCCUCUCUCAAACGGGUUCGAGCGCCAAAAGGCUCUUGGCAUCUCUCUCCAAGCCCGCGUCUGGUGGUACAAGUCCCGCUUCAGUAUCGACAUCGACCGGUCCGCCUACGAGAACUAUCUUCUCCCUUCGUCAUCUCCUUCGACACCCUCCCACUCACAAAUUCCCAAUUCGCCAGUCGACGCCCAGCUAGUUGACAAGCUCGCCGAGAUCCAGCAGCUCAUGGGCACUACCCCAGUCUCAGCAUCAGAUGACGAUCUACCCGCUUGGCAAGUCCAGGCUCCCAAGGUGGAUUUACUCAAAAAGGCCGAUGAUGGUGACGCCGAUGGUGCUGAAAGGGGAACCAAUGGUAAUGCUCCUUACCCGGAGCGUUUCAACGCCAUCAUUGAGCUCAUCACGAAUGGGACGCCGGUCCCUGGCAUUAAGGAGAUUCCUAAUACGGUUGUUAGGCAGCCUGGUAUUUCUCCUAUUGGAAAGAUGCAAGCUCCCCAGAAGCCCUGGGAGAAGAAGCAACAACAAGCUGCAGCCGCGAACCUCGUCACUUCCGAGGUCAUGAUCGAUCGUGAAUUCCCUCCCCUCCCACCUGAGGACGAGGAGCAAGAGCAUCAGCGAGACCAGCCACAGAAGAUGGGAGCCUAGUCAGUUUCCGCUCAUGACGGCUUUCCCCCCAAGAUGUGCGCG